AUGCCGCGCCGACCCGUCAGCCCGAGCGAAGCGGAGGCGUACGAGCUCCCAUCGCUGGACAAGGGCAAGAGCCGUCGAGGGUCAAACGGAAGCGAUGAGGACGGGGUCGACGAGGAGUACAAGCUAGCAGGCGGGCUCGCUGAGGAAGAGGAGGCUUUGCUGAAUGAGCUGCCGCCGGAUUAUGAGGGGGAGGUGCUGGAGGAAAUGGUUGGCAAAGGCACGAAGAUCGAGCAGUUAAUAGCAGACACGGUCCCUUCCUCGGAUGACCCCUCUCUCCCCUCACUCACUCUCCGCACUCUCCUCCUCGGCUCCAUAUUCUGCAUCAUCGGCGCCUCGGCGUCCCAGAUCUUUUACUUCAAGUCCAACGCGCCGCAAUUCUCCAGCUAUUUUGUCAUUCUCGCGACCCUACCGCUCGGUCGAAUACUAGCGAACGAGCGGAUCGUCAAGCCGCACUGGCAUAUAGCGGGAGUCAAGUUAAAUCCUGGACGAUUCAGUAUCAAGGAGGCAAUUUUGGUCAGCGUCAUCGCCUCGUCCGGCGCCGCAUCCGCCUACGCCACCGACAUCCUGGCCAUCAUGGACCUUUACUUCCACACCACCCUCUCCGCAACGGCAUCAAUCGUCCUCCUCCUCACAACCCAGUGUAUCGGGUUCGGCCUCGCCGGAAUGGUGCACAACCUCCUCGUCUCCCCUCCGGCAAUGUACUGGCCCUCCACCCUCGUCACCGUCCAACUAUUCACCACGCUCUAUCCUACACCAUCUGCCACUUCCUCGUCCGCAACUCUUCGAACGCAGAAACUUUUGACGGCAAAGCGGUUGAAGGUGUUUCUGGUCAUCUUCCUCGCUGUGUUUCUGUACCAGUUCCUCCCGUUCCUCCUCUUUCCCACGCUUACUUCGAUAUCGGUACUAUGCCUGAUCGACAACAAGUCGUGGUGGCUCCGGACCCUCGGCUCGGCAUAUGACGGCCUGGGCUUCUUGGACUUUAGCUUUGACUGGUCCAGUAUAGGCACGGCGGGUCCGCUGUACACUCCGUACUGGGCACUAGGCAACUACUUUGGUGGAUUGGUAGGCAUGGUAUGGGUUGUAGUACCGCUUAUGCUGGUGUUCAACUUCUGGGGUGCUCGAGACUUUCCGUCAGCUGUAUCACCCGGAUUGUUCACCUCAACAUUCAAGAAGUUCGACGUUACGGCUGUGCUCAACAAGGAUCUGUCGCUGAACGUCGAGGCAUGGGACAAAGCAGCACCUCUGCUUCUUACCCCGUUCUUCGCGGUAUCAUACGGUCUGAACUUCGCCGCUCUCACUAGCGUCCUGGUGCAUGUCUGGCUUUGGCACAGAGACGAGAUCAAACAUGCCCUCACCAACAAGGGAGAGCUCAAUGACACGCACAACAAGCUCAUGCGGUCAUACCAGUCUGUUCCGCAUGGCUGGUAUAUUGGUCUGCUAGCUCUGAACUUUGGCGCAGCAGCAGUCAUCCUUGUCAAGACGACUCCGCUGCAGAUGCCAAUCUGGGCUUUGACCUUGUCUAUAGCAAUUGCUGCUCUCUUUCUCAUCCCCGUGGGAGUCAUUGCUGCGGUCAGUAAUACACAGAUCGGAUUGAACGUCUUGACGGAAUUUGUCGCUGGAGUGCUCAUGCCUGGUAAACCCAUCGGAAACGUAACAUUCAAGUGCUUCGGUUAUAUGGCCAUGUCCCAAGCGCUGGGUCUGGUUGGUGAUCUCAAGCUUGGUUGGUAUACCUCAAUACCGCCCCGUGAGAUGUUUGCUUGUCAGAUCCUCGGUACCGUCCUGGGAGCACUCACAAACUACUUCACCCUCGUCUCUGUCAUCAACGAAAAGCGGCCCUAUCUCGAUGGCACCCUUCUCGACCCCACCGGCCAAUGGACCGGCCGCGCCCCCGCUGUCUUCUACUCGGCUUCCAUCAUCUGGGGCGCUGUCGCUCCCGCGCGUUUCUUCGUUGGUCGAUAUCUCUGGUUGUAUACCGGCUUCAUACUGGGCGCGAUCGUGCCUGUUGUGUGCUGGUGGGCGCAUAAGCGGUGGCCGGGAUGGAAGCUGAACAAGAUUGUGUUUCCGAUCGUGUGUCAUGGAGCCACACAGGUGCCACAGUAUCCGUCCAAUAUUAUCCUCACCAGCGUGGCGUUCGCUGUCGCCGCACACGAAUGGGUGGCAAAGAUGUAUCCAAAGACAUGGAAUCGAUACGUCUAUGUCAUAAGCUCAGCGCUGGACGCCGGUACAUCCAUCACCGCUCUGACGAUCUACUUUCUCUUUGGGGUGCUGACGCAGUGGGAUGGGCCGAGGUGGUGGGGCAAUCCAGCGACGGAUUCGGAACAUUGUAUAGCUGGUAGUUGA